UCCAGCUAGCUAGCUACUCGAUCGAUCGACCCAUAGCCAUGGCGACUUCGUUCUUCAACUUCCUAAAGGAAGGCCUCCUCCCGACCCGCAACAGGAGGCUCUUCUUUGCGCUCUACGCCGUCGUCGCCGCCUCCACCGCGCUGCUCCUCCUAGGCAGCGACCUCGCCAUCCAGCCCCUCGCCAACGAGAUCCAGCUCGAUGCCAAGGCGCUGAACAACACCGACCCGGGCAGCCCGGACUUCGCCAGGCUCGUACAUGAGAUCCAGGAUGACACCAGGGAGCUGCUGCUCGUGGGCGCGGGGUACCUCUUGCUCUCGGUCGUCAUCACCUCGGUCGUCCGGAUCGUCCUCCUCUUCGCCGCCGUCUUGACGUACUCCGGCGAGGAGGAGCAGCGCACUACCUUUACCUUGGGCGCGCUCCUGGGUAAAGCCAAGGCGCAGCUCAAGGGACCUCUGCUCACGCUCGCCUUCGUCUACGUCCUGGAAAUCGUGUGCAUCGUGCUUCUGGCGUUCGUGGGCGCGCUCCUCGGUCUCCUCAUGGCCAUGCUGAGGAAGUACUUCAUGGUGCUCCUCCUGGCGUCGGGCCUGCUCCUCGGUGCGGCCGCCGUCUUCCUCGUCUACUUCUCUUUCCUGUGCUCCUUCAGCGUCGUCGUGGCGGUGGACGAGCCCGGCUGCCACGGCGCGGCCGCGUUAGGCAGGGCGUGGAGGCUGGCCAAGGGGAAGAGGAGGCAGGUCGUGAUGUACGUCGCCGUUAUCGGCGCCCUGGCCGCCGUCUUAUCGCCGGUGCACACGCUCGCGACGACAUGCCCGGGCGGUAGCGUGGCGCUUGGGCUGCUCCUGGGUUUUGUAUACGCGGCUCUGAUGGCACUGGUGCAGCUGUUCGCCGUCUGCGCCAUGACCGCGUUCUACUACGAGCGCAAAGAGAACAGCGACAACCAGCUCGGGGCUGCUGGAUACGCCAAGUUGUCGUCAACGGAAGAAGCAACCGCUUGA